UUGCGGGAUGAUCCAUUGGCGAUUAAACAGUUAUCACGACAAAAAAUGAGUGCAAUUAAGUAUGUUGAAUAUUCAGCUUUAACUCAAAAGGAAAAAGCUACAUUAGCUCUUAGUGAUGAUAUUUAUAAAAUACGCGAAGCAUUCCAAAUUGAAACUAAAAAUAUCAAUGAUACUAUUUUUAAAAUACGUGAAACAUUCCAAAUUGAAACUAAAAUAAUAGAAAUUGAUAUAUCAACACUUGGUGAAACUUUCAAAACUGAAGCUGAAAAAAUCAAACAGAAUAUAUUGAUUUUUAAUAGUAACAUUAGUAAAAUCCAUGAAACUUCUCAAAAUGAAACCAAAAAAAUCAAAAAAGAGAUACUUGCUUUUAAAAAUGAUAUUAAUCAAAUACGUGAAAUUUCCCAAAUUAAAGCUAAAAAAAUCGAAAAAGACAUAUUGACCCUUAGUAUUAAGGUUAAUAACGUACAUGAAAAUUCUCAAAUAGCAACUAAAAAAGUCGAAAAAGAUAUAACAGUUCUUAAAAAUGACAUCAGUCAAAUACGUGAAUCUAGGCAGAAACAUAUUCUGCAAGGUACAGUAUAUAAUCGUUUUGAUUCAUGUAUCGAUUUGAGUCAAGCUAAUUUCAACAUUAUUUUUUGCUAG